CCCUGUUGGCCGACACCAGCGUUGAAAUGACACCGUGGGAAAGCUGGGCGCUUCAAACGCAGGCGCUUCGGACAAACCUGGGCAGACGCACUACAGGAAGACGCAACAGGCACACUGAAGGACUAUUGUUGGACGAAUCCGAAUCAAAAUGAAAAGGAAUCACGAUUUUAGCUCCUCGGACAGCGAGCUGGAUGAGACUAUUGAGGUGGAGAAGGAGAGCGCGGAUGAGAAUGGGAACAUGAGCUCUCCUCUCGGGUCCAUGUCUCCCACAACAUCAACUCAGGUGCAGGCGAGGAAAAGGCGUCGAGGAAUAAUUGAGAAACGGCGCCGUGACAGGAUCAACAACAGCCUCAGCGAGCUCCGCAGGCUGGUUCCCAGCGCCUUUGAGAAACAGGGCUCAGCCAAACUGGAGAAAGCGGAGAUUUUGCAGAUGACUGUUGACCAUCUGAAGAUGCUUCAUGCCGCUGGAGGCAAAGGUUAUUUUGACGCCCAUGCCCUGGCGAUGGACUACCGUGGUUUGGGUUUCAGGGAGUGCCUGGCUGAAACGGCUCGCUAUCUGAGCAUAAUCGAAGGCUUGGAUGGCACAGAUCCUCUGCGGAUCCGUCUGGUCUCCCACCUUAACAACUAUGCCAGUCAAAGAGAGGCUCACUCUGGCCUGAGUCACCUGGCGUGGGGCUCUGCGUUUGGAUCCCCCCCUGCCCACCUGACCCACACCCUCCUCCUCCAGCACCAACCGGGGGCUCCGCUGGCACCUUUACCCCGCAGCACCACCAGCAGCCCACAAACUCCUCUGUCAUCUACAUCCACUUCUUCCUCUUCCUCCUCUUCUUCUUCAUCCUCAUCGGUUGUAGACACGCACGUCCCAGGCAGGCGCAGCAGCAGCGCAACCCCCCACUCAGAUCAAGGCCCAAUCCGGGUUCCCCCCACCACUGCGGCUCCCACCACUGUCCCACACCACGCCUUGGUCUCCUCAUCAGUGUCCAAGCUGUCCCCUCCUCUCCUCUCCUCUCUCUCUGCGUUCCCUUUCCCCUUCAGUGCCUUCCCCAUCCUCUCCCCCACCACGGCCAUCAGCGCCCCAGUCCCAACGUCCAGUGUGGGCAAACCCUACAGACCCUGGGGUAUGGAGAUAGGAGCUUUCUGACUGAGAUGAAAACCUCCACACAUUAUAUAGACUCAACUCACUACCCAGCUGAGCUGGACUUUAAAGGACAAGAAGUUUUAUUUUCCCAGCUAAGACAGUACUAUUUUUUCUAUGAUGUUGGCAUCCCUCAGAGGAUACACUUAGCUCUAGGAUUUUUAUUUUCUUGCUAAUGUAUCGUGUUUUGCAUAGAAGAGAAAAACAGUGAGGAGGAAGCCCGUGACUAAAAAGCAACAGGAGUGAUUCAUUGUGAUUGAUCUAUGUUCCUGCCCACCCCUUUAGAAGUCUCACCCACUGUUGUCAGCCUAUCAGGAAUGGCUUUUCCAGAUGGUCAAGCAAUCGCCGCCCGUCAAGUUCCUGGGCGAAACUGUCCCCCCUUUGUUUUCCCUCUGAGCUGAAACACCCAGUGUUGGUGCCCUGGUUACAUACAGAGAGGGGUGUGUGAAAGGAGGGCUUGAGGUGGUUGAGAGUCACCCUCUUUUUACAGCAUUUUAUGGGGUGGAAUAACCGAAACCAGGUGUUUGUUUGACUAAAUACUGGGAACAGAAGUUAGCUACCAGCUUGGUUGAGAUCAACAUGAUUUAGCCACAACCUUUGAUGUUCAUAUGGAGCUCUAUUGUUUAAGUUUUUUUCACUAAGUUAUGUUUCCUCUCUACAGUAAAUUUUGUCUUAACAAUGAGGCUACACAUAUGUUUUACCAGUUUCUACCAGCUGUUCCACAUUUUAUUUUAAUUGCUCACGUAACUGACGCUUGAGUAAUAUCUAUCACCUUGUUUACAAGUUAUUUUCUUGCCUGUUAGAAGCAGCAGCAAUAUUGAUCUGUAAUUAUCAAGAGGGAGGGAAUUUGUAUUUGUCACAGUAGUUGCAGUGAAGCACGGCAAUACAAUUUAGAUUCCUGCUUUCCAUUUGAUAUUUUGUUGACUCCUUUGGUGUCAGUCAUGAACAAAGCACAAACGAGCACUGGCAAAUCAGAUUUCUCUCAUGGUGAUGACAACUUCCCUGUAAUAAAAGAGUUCUGUUAAAUCA